AUGGUAGUUAGCGUGUGGCGAGAUCCGCAGGAAGAUGUGGCCGGAGGACCUCCGAGCGGCCCCAACCCAGCCACGCAGCCCGCGAGAGAGCAGCAGCAGACGGCUUCUGCAGCGCCGCACACCCCGCAGACCCCCAGCCAGCCGGGACCCCCGUCUACACCGGGGACUGCCGGGGAGAAGGGCAGUCAGAACUCUGGGAACGCUCAGCAGCAUAUUGAAUGUGUGGUUUGCGGAGACAAAUCAAGCGGCAAACACUAUGGUCAAUUCACCUGCGAGGGAUGCAAAAGUUUCUUCAAGAGGAGUGUACGAAGGAACUUAACAUACUCAUGUCGUGCCAAUAGGAACUGUCCCAUUGACCAGCACCACCGAAACCAGUGCCAGUACUGUCGACUGAAGAAGUGUUUAAAAGUGGGAAUGCGGCGGGAAGCGGUUCAGCGAGGAAGAAUGCCUCCAACCCAACCGAACCCAGGCCAGUACGCGCUGACCAACGGGGACCCCCUGAACGGCCACUGCUAUCUAUCCGGAUACAUCUCGUUGUUGCUGCGGGCAGAGCCUUACCCCACGUCCCGCUACGGGAGCCAGUGCAUGCAGCCUAACAAUAUCAUGGGCAUCGAGAACAUCUGCGAGCUGGCGGCUCGCUUACUCUUCAGCGCCGUGGAGUGGGCGAGAAACAUCCCUUUCUUCCCCGACCUGCAGAUCACCGACCAGGUGUCCCUCCUCAGGCUUACGUGGAGCGAGCUAUUUGUUCUAAACGCGGCGCAGUGCUCCAUGCCUCUGCACGUAGCCCCUCUGCUGGCCGCUGCGGGCCUACACGCCUCCCCGAUGUCCGCGGACCGAGUCGUGGCUUUCAUGGACCACAUCCGGAUCUUCCAGGAGCAAGUGGAGAAGCUUAAGACACUACACGUGGACUCAGCAGAGUACAGCUGCCUUAAGGCCAUCGUCCUGUUCACGUCAGACGCUUGCGGCCUGUCAGAUGCUGCCCACAUCGAAAGUCUACAGGAAAAGUCCCAGUGCGCUUUGGAGGAGUACGUAAGGAGCCAGUACCCGAACCAGCCUAGCCGUUUUGGAAAGCUUCUCUUGCGGUUGCCUUCUCUGCGCACUGUGUCCUCGUCGGUAAUCGAGCAGCUGUUCUUCGUCCGCUUGGUAGAGCUGUCCACCUGCAGGACCCCCACGGACGCCCAUUCAACGCCGGCCUGCACUCGCCUCACCAACGCCUCACUAACGCUGUGUGAGCUGAGCUGGAUUCUCCCUGAUGCUGGUAAACACACUGGCUACGAUGCUUCAUAA